AUGAAUCAACUUAGCUCGAUUGCUGGCCAAGUUGCAACCAAAGAGCGUGAUGAUUCUUCGUUUUUCCAUCACAGAAGGAAACUUGUGAAUCUUAACUGGGAUUCUGAGCCUACAAAAGUUUCAAUUUUCAUUCAGCCCGGUAUUCCCAAUAUCGAAGAAAAUGUUGAUAUGCUCAUAGACUUUUUGAAAGAAUUCAAGAUUAAAUUCGAAGUAGACAAGUUUACAAACAGUGAUUUUAUUAUCCUUGUUGGAACUGAUGGUAUUAAUCUUACUGUUUCAUCACUAUUCCAAGACCGUGAAACACCGCCAAUUCUUUCUCUUACACCGACCCGCAAAGGUUUUAUCUCUGUUUUAGAUUUCUGCCAAUAUAAUCUUAUCAUCCCUCAAAUUCUUCGUGAUAAUUGUUGGUUGCUUCCUAGAUGCAGAUUAGUAGUUGAUUACUAUAGUCUUGAAGGACUCCAGCACUUUACUGUCUUAAAUGACCUUGUCGUUAACAGAGAUCAUACAUCUGGAUCUCUGGCAAUCAAUUGCAGUUCAUGUGGCUUCGGUUUUUCGCAAAUUGUCGGUGAUGGUGUCAUCAUUGCUACUCCAACUGGUUCAACUGCAUAUAACAAAGGCGCUGGUGGAGCUUUGGUACAUCCUUUACUUCCUGUCUUCAUGCUUACACCAAUUGUUGCCCUCUCAUUGAGUUGCCGUCCUAUCUUAUUCCCGCAAUCUGCAGAUCUUACCUUAGAAUUAGAUUACGAUCACUCAAAAAUGCAAUCACAUGUUGCAUACCUAACUUUAGAUGGCAGAGUACAAAGAUUAUUUAAGAAAGGUGAGAAAUUAGUUGUUUCCAUUUCCCCUCACUACUACAACUCAAUUACGAUGUCAAAGUCCAUCGCAGAAUGGCCUGUAAGACUUGCGGGACUCAUGGGAUGGAGUGAAAGAAAGCAUCAGAAGGCUUUGCCAGCUCAAAAUUCUCCAAAAUGA